AUGAGGAUGGGGACGCGGAUGUUGCUGGUGUCUGCCCUGGCUGCUCUGUUUUGUCAGGCGUGGAGUCCUGCAGAAUCUCACAUCACUGAGGUAGAAUUGCACCCUCGGUUGCUUCACCCCUGGAGAAAUCAAGGCAAAGGGGUUGUAAGAGUGAAGAGAGACUGGAUCAUACCCCCAAUCCGAGUGUUGGAGAAUAGUAAGCAGGUUCCCGAAGACCUUGUCCAGAUCAAAUCAGACAAAACUUUUUCGGGUGAGGUGAUCUACAAACUUGAAGGGCCGGGGGUUGACCUAGACCCCAAAAAUCUCUUUGAGAUCGAUGAUAAAACGGGGAUAAUCAGAAGCAAGCGGCCACUGGACAGAGAGAAACACAACAGCUUCACGCUUAAAGCCUUUGCGUUGUCCCCCAGUGGAGAGAGGCUGGAGAACCCCACCACCAUCGAGAUAGUGGUGCUGGAUCAGAACGACAACAGACCUGCUUUCACUCAGAGCCAGUUUGUUGGGACCGUUCCAGAGUUUUCGAUUCCAGGCACAUCAGUGAUGUCGGUGUCAGCCGUAGAUGUAGAUGACCCAAUGACGGACAACGCUGCCCUGAGCUACUCGAUCGUUGGACAGGAGAGUAUCCCUGCCAACGCUGUGACCAAGACUAUGUUUGGUAUCAACAACCAGACAGGGGCCAUCUACACAAGAGAUGUAGGCCUGGAUCGAGAGGUGGUGAAGGGUUUCAGGCUAAAGCUGCAGGUUGCUGAUAUGGGGGGCAUGGGAUUAACCAGUGAAGGUCUGGCAGUCAUCCAUGUGUCUGACAUCAACAACCACGCUCCACAGUUCAGUCCCGCCUCGUACCACGUGUCAGCGCAGGAGAACGGAUUCAACUAUGAGAUCGGUCGAGUGAAUGUGACAGACAGAGACGAUCCCGGAACGGGAAACUGGGAGGCCAGAUAUUCCAUCUCCAAUGACCCCGACCACAACUUUGCCAUCAGAACAGAUCCUGCCACCAACCAGGGAGUUCUGACUGUGGUGAAGCCCCUGGAUUACGAAACACAAAAAGAGCACCUUCUGACACUGAGUGUGGAAAAUGUGCUUCCUCUGAGCAACAAAGCCCCUAACCUCCCCCCGAGCACCGCUAAAUUGUUGGUCACUGUUGUGAACAGGAACGAGCGUCCGUAUUUUAGUGAGGAUCCCAUAAAGUUUGAGGUGCCCGAGUCUGUGCUUCCGUCAACAAUACUUACAAGGAUAGCUGCCUCAGACCCAGACAAUUUUGAACUGAGAUAUGAAAUUAGCAAAGAUCCUGAGAUGUGGCUGGAGAUUGAUGAAGAGACUGGGGUCAUUAGAGCCAGAAGAACCUUCAACAUGAGAUCUCCCUAUGUUAGAAACAACAUCUACCAGGCUGUUGUCAAAGUUACAGAUGGUGGUGGCCUGUCGACAACUGCCACAUUGGCUAUGAGACUCAGAGAGACAAAUGACUUCCCCCCUCAACUGUUCCCUCUAAGUGGCUCCGUAUGCAGACAUGUCACCAGCUCUACGCCUGGCCUCUAUCUGACUGCGGUGGACGAAGACCGCCCGCCGCACGCAGCACCUUUCUUUUUCAAAAUUGCCGAUGAUAACAUGUUGGCUAACUGGACUGUGAAUCCAAUCAAUGAUACCCAUGCUGUGCUGCUGCCCAGUGCAGAGCUGGGACCUGGGGAGUACGCGGUCACUGUGUUGGUCAAGGACGCCGGCAGCCCACCUCUGAGCUCUUACUCUCAGGUCAACAUCACCGUGUGUCUCUGUGACUCUCACGGUGACUGUAAGUCCGAGGUGGGGGCUUUCUUAGGCUCCAGCGUGGGAAUCAGCUUCAUCGCUCUCAUGAUCAUCAUGGCCUGUGUUGGACUCUUACUAUUGCUGCUGGUCCUGGCUGUGGCUUUGACCACCUGUGGAAGACGGCACCAUAUAAAGAAGGGAACAGGGCUGCUCGUUGGGGAAUCGGAAGACGACAUCCGUGACAACGUCUUCAACUACGACGAGCAAGGAGGUGGUGAAGAGGACGAGAACGCCUUUAACAUCGACCUGCUGUGGAACCCCCAUGAUGCACCGUCCACACCGCGGUCCUUCUAUCCAGGGUCUGGCGUUCCUCGAGGAAAGCAGCCCCUGAGGAGGGAUGCUCCACACAACCUGCCCUCACCCACCUACCCUCGGAGACCACCCGCCGACCCCACAGACAUCGAGGACUACAUCAACGAUGGCCUGGAGGCUGCUGACAAUGACCCGAACGUGCCUCCCUACGACACGGCGUUGAUCUACGACUACGAGGGAGACGGCUCGGUGGCUGGCAGCCUCAGCUCCAUUGCUUCGGGCAGCUCGGACGGAGAUCAGGACUAUGACUACCUCAACGACUGGGGACCACGCUUUCAGAAACUGGCCAACAUGUAUGGGACGUGUUAGAGUGGAUAC